UGUGUUUCAGUUGGUAUGUACGUAAUUUUUUUCCAUGUACGUAUUUUUCCCUCCUUAGCUGCGUGUGUACGUUUCUGUGUACGUUUCUGUAAAGGGGAUGGCGCGGCGCCCCCUCCUGCUGGUGGUGGCGGUGGUGGUGGCGGCCGGGGUGGAGGGGGGCGGAGGAGGGGCCAGCUCUCUCCCCCUUACCCCACGCCCCCCCAGGAGACGCCCCCUCUCAUCUCCCCGCCCAACUACAGCGAUAUAGAGUCACACAACAUGACACAGGUGCUGCAGGAGCUGGAGUCCUUCUUUCAGACCCUCCCUGGCCUGCCCCCCAAGACACCCAGGAAGCGGCAGGAGUGCCCCUUACAGCGCCAACAGUCCUGCCCCAACUACUGCCCCCUCCCGCCCCAGCGCCCUGUCUGCCCGAUCACCCCCUGCCCUCACCCCCCUGUCCCCCUAACCGCCCCUGCCCUCCUCCACCCCCCUGCCCGCCCGACCGCCCCUGCCCUCCUGAACGGCCAUGCCCUCCUGAACGCCCGUGCCCUCCAGACCGCCCCUGUCCUCCUCCUCCGCCAUGUCCACCUGACCGCCCAUGCCCUCCUGGACCUCCUUGCCCUCCUCCACCUCCCUGCCCGCCCGACCGCCCCUGUCCUCCUGAGCGGCCAUGCCCUCCUGAACGGCCGUGCCCUCCAGACCGCCCCUGCCCUCCUCCUCCGCCAUGUCCACCAGGACGCCCCUGCCCUCCCGGACCUCCCUGCCCUCCUCCACCCCCUGCCCGCCCGAUCGCCCUUGCCCUCCCUCUUAUCCAUGCCCCCCAGGACCCCCAGGCGAACCAGGUGUCCCCGGGCCCCCAUGCGUCGGCCCUCCCGGUGCACAAGGUCCCCCAGGGUUAGGGUUCCCAGGCCCCCCGGUCGGCCAGGCCUUCCGGGGUCCUGUGGGGGGCGGGUGUCCCCUAACCGCCCAGGAAACUGUGGAAAUGAUAACCUGAUUAGCGAGAUUCUCAUUCUGCUUGGAAGAGGAUGCUGUGGACACGAUUGUCAGGACACAGGGCCGGAGGAGUGCACCUGGGACAGUGGAUAUCUGUGGGGGCUGUUCCUGCAGGUGAAGAGCAAGGUAGCACUGAUCACCAAGCUGGACACAAGCAUAGACGUAAUGGUGGCCACGGUGUUCAAGAUGCGCCUUACUGUGCAGCGAGCCUAUGACAUGGUUGGUGACCCGGGGGCUCCUGGUGACGAGGGUGACCCUGGGGAGAAGGGCGAUAAGGGACCCACUGGGGAGCCUGGCCAGUGCCCCGAGAUGACCUGCCUGGUGGGCCCUGCUGGUCCCCCGGGGCGCACUGGGGAGAUAGGGGAGCCGGGGCCCAAGGGGGAGUGUUGCUACGGAGCGAGGGGACACCGGGGGCUGAAGGGCACGGCCGGGCGAGGCACCCCUGGGGUCUCCGGGGUGGCAGGACGCAAGGGAGACAAGGGGGACCCGGGCCGUAUCAUCUGGGGGGGACAAGACCUCGAUGUCUCCCCAUGGUGAUUUUACUGCAGUCUACCUUGAAAGAUGCUCGUUUUCUUUGGGUUAAUUUUGUUUAUUAUUAUUUUUGUUGUUUAUGGGAGUCUGCCUUGAAAUUUCCACGUUUUCUUUGAUGUAUUAAUAUUCUUAUUUCUAUUUAUUUUUAUUUAUUUAUUCAUUGUUAUUUAGAUUUAUCAUGAAUUAUUUAGUUUUCUGUGAUUUAACAAUAUUUUAAUUAUUUAUUGCAGUCUCCAUUCAAAUUUACUUUUCAUUAUUAUUAUUAUUAUUAUUAUUAUUAUUAUUAUUAUUAUUAUUAUUAUUAUUAUUAUUAUUAUUAUUCAUGUCUAUUUGUGUUUCAUCAUAUUUGUAAAUUUAUAGUAUAUUUCGUAUUGCAAGUGAUUUCGCAUCUUGCUUUAUUCUGUUCAAUGUAAGGUACUGUUAAGGUAACGUUAAGCACGGCAUUCUGUCACUAGUCGGGUUGUACAAGCCACGCACCGUACCUCCAAUACACCUGCGUACGAUACUCACAAAACCGUACUAUACUCCUACACUUAAGAAAUACUGAGGGAAAGACUAUCGUAUAAAUAAACUAUCAGAAGAAAUAC